AAACACUUCGAUGGCGCCUUCGCCAGGUGUUGUGUGGAAGAAAGCAGCGGUGGGAAAUAUUGUGUAGAUCCUUGAACCUCAUUGUGCGUCGCAUGUGUCGUGCAAGUGCCGGCGUGUGGAUUUUACUUCUGCAACAGCUUUAUCCCCUGUGCUAACACGGUCUCAAGACACCUUGCUUCAGACAUCGACGACGAUGCAAUGACACCUGGCUAGGCCCAGGCAACUGCCUCCUGUCAUGGCGGAGCAGACGCGACCAGCCGCGCGGGGCUCGUCCACCUUGGUGAGGUCGAAGAGCCUUCGUCUUCCCACCACCAGGAAGCAGUCUGAGCAACAGAGCGGCUCCUCGACCCUCACUCGCCAUGGUAGCAUGCGCCUGCAUAGAGGAGGAUCCACGUCGGCCAACCCUCCGACCAUGAGUGCAUCUUACCACGGUCAACUUACCAAAGCCCCGGAUCCGGCCCCAGACCCAGCGACGAAGAAGACGUCGUCUGCUCUGUCUGCUCUGCGGAGGCCGUUCCAGAGGUUCAGGGCGGGAUCGGCGACGGAGAAGAAAGAUGGGCUUCCGAAGGCCAUGAGCGUGUCCGUCCAUGGAGACCUCAUGGGUUGUGCAGGCGGGGAUGGGACGGCGAAAGCUCCCGAAGAAGACUGGAGAAGACAUUUCAAGAGGCUCAUGCAGGAACAUGAAAAGCUGCAGAUGAAGUAUGCAAGGCUACGAAACCAACUGUUAGAAAGGGAAGCCUUGCAUGCGCAACUGAAGCCCCCACCUGCCCCCGCCUCUCGAGACUUAGCCACCAUUCCCGAAGACGACGGGGAUUCUCCCGACAGCGAGCUUCCUCCCUCCCUCCAGUCGUCUCCCGCUAUUCGAGGAUAUCACGAAGAAAUCCGCAGCCUACAAGAUCAAGUUAGGAAUGUUCAAAAGAAAUAUUGGGAUCUAGUUGUAACAAAUGAAAAGUGUGCCAAGGAUGACUCAGCAGCACUUGUGGUGGACCUUCUCAAGCAGGUGGAGCAGAAACAGAUUGACCUGGCAUGUGCGAAUACCCGCAUUGAGAAGCUGGAAGAGGAACUGUGCCAGCUGAAGCGUGAGGUGGCCACUUGCCACGACGCCCUCCACGACUACCAGCUUGAAAUGGAGUAUCAGCAGGCGUUGCACAUAUCGUUGCAUUCGCAGCUGGAAGACAAAGAUGCACAGCUUGCUGAUGCUCACGAGAGUGCGGAAUUCCUGCAGGCAGAAAUAUCCACCUUGUCAGAAGCACACCAGGAGUCUGAGCAGGCUAGGAAGGCUUUGGAACAGGACCUGCAACAUUAUGCGGAGGGAACACGCGACCUCUAUGAACGGUGCCAAAAAUUGUACCACAAGGUUCAAGAGAAAAAAAUCAAGAUACUGCAGCUGCGGGCAGAGAUUGAGUCUCACAACCAGACCCACGACAUGCUGGUCACACAAGGAGCGGAAAUGAACACGGCAGCAUCUUCGCUGACGCAGAUUUCUCUGAAGCUGCACUCUUUUCUGAAGAUGAGUGCGGUGUUUGCGACAGCACAGCUUCAGCUGGAUAGUGAGGUCCUCGACGAAAUAAUGGAUGACUGUGAUAUCCUCGAAGAACCGGUCUCGUCUUCAAGCUCUACGCCGUCCUCCUUGGGCCCCUUACGGCCCAAAGAACUGUCCAAUGGCAUAAUUCGCUCGUCCUCACUAGAACCACUGUACGCCACCAAGAUCAACGGAGAAUCCAACUCCAACUCUAGCUACUCCACGCCAAUCAGUGAGCUUCCGUCCCCGUCCACGAACGGAGAAUCUCUGGUCCACAUGGUCCUCCAGGCCGCGUCCCUCGUCCAGCCCAGGAAAGACCACAAGGAGGCGGAAGAGGUCGAGGAGGAACCUCGCGGAGUUCCCGAUUCGACCGCGCCGCCCCACGUCCCGCAAAACAACGGGGCGGCGGUCGAAGCCGCCGCGGAGAAGAACGGCGUGACAACAACAGAGGUCCACAGAGCGCCGGAAGUGGGCAAGCCGGUGGGGACGGUACCCCCAUUCCGCACGGUGUCCACGGACGUCAACGGGCACCACAGGGACGUCCCGAAGCACGGCUGUCUCGACAGCCUGGUCGCGGAGCUGACCACCCUGUCGGGGAAACUGCUCCGCAUCCAUUCCAUGUUGCACUCUCGGGUACAGGACCGCAUGAGGAUGUCGCAAGAGCAAAUAGAUGAGCUAAAAAAGAACCUGGACACCAUUUGUCAGAAAAAUGUCGAUUCCAUACAAGAGUCAACAUUCCUGAAACAGCAACUUGAUCAGGCGCUCUCACGUGUCAGUAACCUGGAAGAGAAGCUUCAGUCAGUUCAUGAGAGCUACAGAAAAGAAAUUGAGAUUUUGUUCCAACAAAUUGAGGACCUGAAAGAGAAGAACCGGUGCCUCAUGGCAGUGAACCAAGAACAGGCAAGGCAACUCAAAGAGGAGCUGCUUAGCCUAAGGGACAACCACGGCUAUGCUCAGGAAGCAGACAUUGCCUGCGAUAAGUUUGAACUCAAACAAGAGGUUGCGAAUCUCAAAGAGGAAGCUCUCUCAAAAGACGAACAGUUCAGGAGCCUUGCAGGAAAGUUUGCCAGGUUUAAAAAAGCGUACGAGGACAACUAUCAGAGGGCGACUGAAGAUAUUGACAAGCUGGAUACCAUGAUUGAGAGAGUUAUAGAGACAUUGCAGUCUGUACCUGAGGUUACGAGCAACUGUCCUCCCUUGCAAGGACUCCUCGAGAACCUCACUGGGACCGGCUAUUCUCCAUCCAAACAGUCCCCAAUCAGGCGUCCCCCAAAGGCUACCGUGUGUCACAUGACCACCCUCUAGGUCCGCUUUAGAUUUGUCUGAUAGGUAUUAUAAGUGAAUUUUGUUGCCUGCGUGUUUUCUUUAUGUCGCCAAAAGGAGUUCUUCCAUCCAAACUGUAUUUGUAUGCUUUUUAAUAUGUUCGUGUGGGGAAGCUUGUGUUCUGAUUUACUUAGGCUAGAAGCCAAAUACUGAUGCUUCUUCCCAGCUUUUGUAUAGGUGAGCAUCUACUAUGUACUAUAAACUAUAAAGCAAGGAACUAACAGGUAUCUACUGUUAGACCAAAAACCAUUACCCCAGAAGCAGAAAGAGUGACAUGAUUCUAAUAUGCAUGCCUUGUAUGCAGAUGUUGCUGCAGCGAAUGCUAACAGUGCAUGAAUACAAUGCACGACAGUGAUUGUCUAAUCUCUA